AUGAGCAAUCGAGCCACAAACCCAAUCGAUCGAGAGCCAAUGGUAGCUCCGGAAAGGAAGAAGGAUCGUGUAACUCCAAUGGAGCUCAAGAAGUUGGAGGUAGCUCCAUGUGAGCAGAAGAAGCAAGAAGAGGGAGCUCCAAAGGAAGAGAAGAAGGCUGAUGGAGAAGAGGUAGCUCCAAAGAGCAGGAGAAGAUCGAUGGAGAAGAAGGGCAGAAGCCAGGUUGCAACGAUCGGCGGCGAGAAGCUCCACUUCGUCGUCGUGGACACGAAUCCAUACACCUUCGCAAAUCCAGCUCCUCUCCAGUACUACAAGGUCAAGGACAACAAGCUGGUCAAGACAACCGUCGACGACUUGGGAUCUGGUAUCUCCAGAAAACCCAAGAAAGGAAAAGGGAAAAAAAGGAUCGAAUUCCAUCACCUCCGUAUCCACAAAGGUGUUCGAACGCCGCGACAUCAUAGGAGUCAGUACUCCCAACAUGGCAUGUGCCCGUAA